CACAUCUGAUCUUUUCUCAUUCGUUUAUAACUUUUCUCGUCUGUGUUUCUAGUUUUAUGGUGAGAGAAUCAAUGGAGGUUACUCAAUAUCAUCAAGGUAAUUUUAAUAAAGGUUCGAGUUCUAGGGUUUCCAUGAACAAGAAUUCACAAGUAAUAUCCAAGAUCAAGCCCAAGAUUCGCAUCAUCCAUAUAUUCGCACCGGAGGUCAUCAAGACCGACGUCAAAAACUUCCGUUCACUCGUACAAAGUCUAACCGGAAAACCAGCAGCCGUAGAGGUCAAAACCGGUAAAAGGAGUGCCAGACCGAGAAUUCCCACGUCUCAAGAACCGGUUUGCGGAGAUCAUCAGCCGGUUAACAGGCGUACUAGUUUCACCGGUUUAUUAGCAAACGGUGGAAACCAUGAGGUAAAAGAAGAAUGGGGAUCCGGUGAUCAGAAUACUAGGAACACAAACACUUACUUUGACCUAGAAGGUUUGAUCCAAGAUGUUGGAGAAGAUUACUUCUCUUCGUUUCCUAUGAGAUCUUCUCCUUCUUCUUCACAAGUUGAAGGGUUCACCUUCAGCAACAACAACACCAGCAACUGCUUCGAUACAAAGGGUCACAAUAUUUCAUAAGUAACCAAAGGUUUUAUCUUCUAGCUAGGGUUUCUCUGAUCCUUCAAUCACAUUGGUUGAUGAGAUCUAAUCGUUUGGGGAAUGAAAGCAAGCGAAAAUUGUCAUGUUUUUGGGAUUUUCAUUUUGAUGGGUAUGAUGAGAAACUGAAACUUUUGGUAGACUGACUUUGCCAAGGUUGAGGGUUGUAAUGGAGAGUUUAAUUUAUGUGCAGUCCUUCUCGGAGAAGUGACUGUAUCUAAUCGUCGUGGGUAAAAAACCCCAAGUUAUUUUGAUAUGUAACUUCAUUGAUGUGCUACUAUUGGAUGUGUAAUAAUUCUUGGUGUGUGUGCUUGAUUAUCUGUUGUAUUGUUGGACAAAAGUUUGUAUGGUUAGAACAGAGAAUGACUAGCUAGUGUUUCGUUGUUAUAGAUAAUCGAAUGUGUUACAUAUCAAUGGUUAACUUACUCAAACAUACUUUAAAAUGUGAGGAAUUUAACUUACAUUUACACAUACAUACAUUUCAGCACAAUAUUUCGUCUUCUUGGCUAAAAAUAGUUUUUACUAAUUCAAUUUUUUUAUAGAAAUUUGAAAUUCAACACCAACUGUUACAGUUUGUUUCAUCCUCUUUGUUAUACCAAAACAAUAGGUCAAUAUUCGGUACAUGGAAUUUUGGCAACAUAUUUAACCGGUUAUAGUUCAAAAAAACAUUUAACCGUUAAACCAAAAAAAACUUGUAAUAUAAAAAUAUAGAAAACACGUAUAUAUUCAUCAUCUUAAC